AGUAGCCAUUUUGGCCUUAAGGGAACACAUUUGAUAUUGACUGGGCUCCACUCGAACCGAAAGUCCUUAUGUGUAACCCCUUGACUGAACACUCUUGUACACAGGUGACCUAGGAUCACGAUGAUAAGUGAGCGUAUAUGGAUCGUUCUGAUCACUUUUGCAAUCGCUCGCAGAGUUGGUGCGGAUUUGCAGCUCACGCAAGUGUCUAUGCGUAGUCCUGCGAACGGUGGUUCUGUUGGAGAGCUACGUGCGGGCUGCCAUACAUCCGUCGAGGGCGACGAGUGCUUCGGAGAGGUGGUGUAUGCCAUGCAGACAGGCGUCGUCAAGCAUCCAGAGCGGUACUCUCCCUUGGCUCAGGAUUCUACCUUCGAGGAUUUCCAGCGGUAUCUCCACCGCUUACCUGCGCUCUCCAAGGUGUGCCCCGAGCCUUGUGCAGCGCAUGAAUUGGACGUCCGAGUGCCAGCGCGGUUACGGGCACCGGAUGACUGCCACACAUCCGUCGAGGGCGAUGCGUGCUACGAGAGGGUUGUGUAUGCGAUGCAGACUGGCGUCGUCGAGAAUGCAGAGUGGUACUCUCCAUUGACCAAGAACUCCAGCUUUGUUGACUUCCAGCGGCACCUCCACGGCGUGGCCUGGCUUUCCGACGUGUGCCCCGAGCCUUGCGCAGCGCAGGCAGAGCGGGUCCCGGUGGCAGCGCUCGACUCUGAAUUAAAGUUUGUUUGGCAAUUGGAGGACUGCCGCACGGGAGGCGUUGCGGCUUGCCUCGGCGUGCUGCGUGCGCACUCGAGCAGGUUGCUUUUGCCCAGAGCGCUUCGCGGUCGUUCACAGCCGUAGUGGCACGGACCUUCCUAUACAAAUUGAUGAAAAUCUCAGCCUUGAAUAUGGAACGAGGUGGCGCAAGCCUUUUGAACUCUGCGCGGCCUGCUGGUCGGGGCUAUGCCGCCCAGCAUAAUACCGAAUUUUGUGUGUUCGCUUUGUGCUCAGGAGGGGAAAAAGCAUAGUCACAAUGAAUCGUCG